GGGAGUUCGAGCCUCCCUCACCCCAUAUUUCCUUUUGCCCCCGAAAAACGGCACUUUUUCUCCUUUUUGAGCAUUUUUUAGCUUUUGCACUUUUUGGCAUUCGGGCUGCCCAGUCGGCCGUCGCAAAUCCUAGCUCCUAAACCCUACCGCAGCUCUCCCUCUCCCUCUCCCUCUCCCUCUCAAGAUGGUGAAGAAGAGCAAAAAGAGCAAGAGCAAGAGGGUGUCGCUGAAGAAAAAGUACAAGAUCAUUCGGAAGGUGAAGGAGCACCACAGGAAGAAGGCCAAGGAAGCGAAGAAGCUUGGGACCAACAGCAAGCGCAAGGUCGAGAAGGAUCCAGGAAUCCCCAAUGACUGGCCCUUUAAGGAACAAGAGCUUAAGGCCCUCGAAGCUCGGCGAGCUCGUCAUCUUGAGGAGUUGGAGCAGAAGAAAGCCGCCCGCAAGGAAAAGGCCCAAAAGAGAAAACUUGGUUUGCUAGAUGAUGAUGAUAUGCCUGGAAUUGCGGUUAAAGAAAAAAAUUUUGGAGAGGAAAAGGAUAGUGAUAAUUCUAUCGGGAUUGGUAAAAAUCGAGAUACUUCAGACAGGGCUUUCUAUAAGGAGUUGGUAAAAGUCAUUGAAGAGUCAGAUGUCAUUGUGGAAGUUCUCGAUGCUCGAGAUCCUCUUGGAACCCGUUGUGUUGACAUGGAAAAAAUGGUGAUGAAGUCUGCCCAUGAUAAACAUCUUGUGCUGCUUCUGAAUAAAAUUGAUCUUGUGCCUCGGGAGGCUGUUGAAAAGUGGCUUAAGUAUCUUAGAGAGGAAUUGCCAGCAGUUGCCUUCAAGUGCAGCACGCAAGAGCAAAGGUCAAACUUAGGGUGGAAAUCCACUGCAAAAGCUGCGAAACCGAGCAAUUUGCAAACGAGUGAUUGCCUUGGAGCUGAAACUCUUAUAAAAUUGCUGAAAAAUUACUCAAGAAGCCAUGAGAUAAAAAAGUCAAUAACUGUGGGUAUUAUUGGCCUUCCUAAUGUUGGUAAGAGUAGUUUGAUCAAUAGCUUGAAGAGAUGUCAUGUUGUUAAUGUUGGAGCUACUCCUGGAUUAACAAGAUCAAUGCAAGAAGUACACUUAGACAAGAAUGUUAAGUUAUUGGACUGCCCUGGUGUUGUAAUGCUUAAAUCUGGGGGGAGUGAUGCAUCUAUUGCACUUCGAAAUUGCAAAAGAAUUGAGAAGUUGGAUGAUCCAGUUGGUCCAGUGAAGGAAAUUCUCCAGCUCUGCCCAGCAAAAAUAUUGGUAAUGUUAUAUAAGCUCCCAAGCUUUGAUUCAGUCGAUGACUUUCUGCAGAAGGUGGCUACCGUUAGAGGGAAGCUAAAAAAAGGUGGUCUUGUGGAUGUUGAAGCUGCUGCACGAAUUGUUCUACAUGAUUGGAAUGAAGGGAAAAUUCCAUACUAUACAAUGCCUCCAACCAGAAAUCAGGGAGAACCUUCGGAGGCAAAAAUUACUUCUGAGUUUGGCAAAGAGUUCAAUGUUGAUGAAAUUUACGACAGCGAAUCUUCAUUUAUUGGCAGCCUAAAACCUGUUGAUGAUUUUCAUCAUGUUGAAGUUCCUCCAAAUUGCCCUCUCAAUUUUGAUGAGAAGAUGUUUGAGGUGCAACCAUCAACUCAAGGUGAGAAACAAGCCAAUGAAAUGGAUGGCAGUGAUGAUCAACUCAUGGGAUGUGAAAAAGAUAAUGCAAGAGAUGGCAAUGUCAGAACUGCUAGUAGUAGGCAAAAUGAGAAGUUAUAUGCUGUAGAAGGGAUGCUCAAUACGAAGAUGAAGAGAGCAGAGAAGAAGAGACGAAAAAAGGCUAAUAAGUUAUUGGUAGCAGGUGAUUCUAUGGAUGACGAUUAUGACUUCAAUGUGGAUUACAAGAGAAGGGAAUCUGCCACGGUUGUUGGUAGUGAUAGUGGGGAAGAAGAAGAUGACAAUGACAAUGGCGACCAGAUUGGUGCUGAAGCGCCAAUGUUGGGUGUUGAGUUUGAGUAGGAAAGGGGAUGGAUGACGAGGAAUGAAAAACCUAUUGAUCUGUUGUGAUUGAAUUUUAAGAGCCUUGCUUCUUAUAAUGAUAGUGAUAAUUAUAACAACUGAAGUAGAGCAUUUGUUUUAGUGAAUAUUGAGGGAGAUGACAUCCAGUUUUGGCAGAGUUUUGAAUAGAAGGGAGCUCUAGGUGUGGCACUUUUUUAUUGCUGAUUUUUGAAGUAAUAUUGAUCGGAUAUCCUCCUUGCUUAUAA